AUAGUUUUGAGAGAAUGGUUGUAUAACUUCCUGUGGUCUAACUUAUCUAUGGAUAAACUCAGUGAAACUCAGUUUAAAUUUUUAGUUUGAAUGAAUGUAUAAAGUCUUCUUUCGCGAAAAACGCUAAAGUAUAGAGGUAUUAUGCGUUACUGAAAUGGUAGUCUGAUUAUUUAACACCAAGGAAUCGUUACAUUUGUCGGAAUAUUGUACUGAGCGAUGACCUAACCUCUUGAAAGAGUCCGAUCAACUGACGAUUGACAGAAGAUGGUUAUAUACGGCGUUUAUAUAGUGUCAAAAUCUGGAGGUUUGAUCUUUAAUCACGAUCAUAAUGUUCCAAAAGUGGAGCAUGAAAAACAGUUCACAUAUCCUUUGGACAUCAAAUUAACUUACGAGAACAAAAAAAUUGUCGUAGCAUUUGGACAAAAGGAUGGUAUUAAUGUGGGUCAUGCAUUAACAGCGGUCAACGGUAGCUCGGUAACUGGACGGGAGCUUGACGAUGGUAGGGAUGUUUUGGAGAUGUUGGAGCGACCAGAAAACUUUCCAGUGAAUUUAAAGUUCAGUAGGGCAAAAAUGACCACCAAUGAGAAAAUCUUUCUUGCUUCUAUGUUCUAUCCCUUAUUUGCUAUUGCUAGUCAAUUGAGUCCCGAACCUCGAUGUUCAGGAAUCGAAGUAUUGGAAGCAGACACAUUUCGUUUAUAUUGUUAUCAGACAUUAACUGGUGUUAAGUUCAUGAUAGUAGCGGAACCAUCACAGCCAGGGAUGGAGAUACUAUCCAAGAGGGUUUAUGAACUUUAUGCUGAUUAUGCUUUAAAAAAUCCGUUUUAUUCUUUAGAGAUGCCUAUUCGAUGUGAACUUUUCGAAACUAACUUGCAAAAUCUCUUGGAAACUGUAGAGAAGUCUGGUAUAAGCAAUGUUUAACGAUAAACUGAGAAAUUGAGUAGAAGCGAUGGCGUUUCUGUUACAUUUCCAAUUUUAAGGAUACAAGAAAGCCUGUACAUACGAAUUUAUUAUCCAAUAUAUGUACUUUAGAUAAUACAUGUUAUACUAUUUCUUAGAAUAAAUUCUAAGAUAUGUAGGGAAAUUAUGCACUGGAAAUACUAAAUCUUCUUAUGUCAAACAUAAAGAACUGCGUAAGAAAUCUGAAUUACCUAUUUCAAAUGCAAGACUUUUUUUUGGAUUAACCAGUUAGCUGUGUUUGACGAGUAUACUCGUCAUGAAAACACACGUUUCAAGUAGGUCGACACAGUUAACUGGUUAAGGUAUUAAAACGAGAAUAACUAUGGCUGUACAUUCUACAUAUCUUAGAAUAAAUUCUAAGUCGCGUUAAAAUGUGUGCAUGUCUAAUCUCUCGCAUAGAACAAUUACGAGUUGCACUUAUUAUGUGAGAAACACGUGUUCAACUCUCAAUUGCACAAGUUGUGUUUUUUAGCUAGUUUCAACAACUAUAUAUCUUCAACGUUGAAUAUGUAGUAUAGCAAUGCAUGUGAUUAGAUAAUGCAUUGGAAAUACCACAUUUUCUUAUAUCAAACAUACAUAACUGCAUAAGGAAUCUGAAUUAGCUAUUUCAAAUGCAAGACAUUUUUUGCAUUACGGUAUUAAAAUGAGAAUAACUAUGGCUGUACAUUCGGCAUAUCUUAGAAUAAAUUCAUAUAAUAAUAAUAAUAAUAAUAAUAGGAUAUAAGAAAAUGUAGCAUUUCCAUUAUCUAAUUACAUGCAUUGCUGUACUACAUAGUGAACGUUGAAAAUACGUGGUUGUUGAAACUAGCUAAAGAACACAACUUGUGCAAUUAAGAGUUGAACACGUGUUUGUCACAUAAUAAGUGCAACUCAUAAUUAUUCUAUGCGAGAGAUUAGACGUACACAAGACAGCUUACAAAACAACCAAACCAGUAAUAAAUUCUUAAAUGUAUAAAUAUCGAAA